GAUGUGUCUACUUGUUGCCUCUCACUUAUCGCGACAGCAAGGCUGGGACAGCUCCCAGGUCUCCGCACGUGUUUCCCGGAGGGAUCUGCUGUCUGCCGACUCUGUAGGGCAGUUGCCUCGCCUCCUCCGGGCCUCCCAGGCAGUGCCGCGGAGUCGGGGGCCUCGGGGUUCAGCAAGAGUAGGCCAUGGGGAAGGCCAGGGCGAUCGGGGCGCGCACCAAGCCCCCCGGGGCCCCGGCGGGAGCAGGGGUCUCCCGGACCAGGCCCAACCCCAACCCGUUCGAAGUGAAAGUCAACAGACAGAAGUUCCAGGUUCUGGGCAGGAAGAUGCGCCACGACGUGGGGAUGCCCGGGGUGUCGCGCGCGCGGGCCAUCCAGAAGCGGAACCGGACUUUGCUGAGGGAGUACAGGGAGCGGGAGAAGUCCAACGUGUUCAGGGACCGGCGCCUGGGGGAGCACAGCAGCUCCCUGAGCCCCGAGGAGAAGAUGGCGCGGAGGUUCGCCCUGGAGCAGCAGCGGCAACACGAGAAGAAAAACAUCUACAACCUCAACGAGGACGAAGAGUUGACCCAUUACGGCCAGUCGCUGGCAGACAUCGAGAAGCAUCACGACAUCGUGGACAGUGACAGCGACGCCGAGGACCGCGGGGCGCUGUCGGCCGAGCUGACGGCAGCGCACUUCGGAGGCGGGGGGCCGCAGAGGACGCCGCAGCAGCCGGGCCAGGAGGGCGAGAGGCCCCGAUCCCGCAAAGAGCUGAUCGAGGAGCUCAUCACAAAGUCCAAGCAGGAGAAGCGGGAGAGGCAGGCGCAGCGAGAAGACACGCUGGAGCUCACGGAGAAGCUGGACCGGGACUGGAGGGAGGUGCAGACCCUCCUGGCUCGCAAGGCGCCAAAGCUGCGGGACGGAGACAGACCAGAGAGACCGCAGCCUGAUGCGUACGACGUGAUGGUCCGGGAGCUGGGCUUCGAGAUGAAGGCGCAGCCGUCGAACAGGAUGAAGACGGAGGAGGAGCUGGCGAAGGAGGAGCAGGCGCGCCUGCAGCGCCUGGAGGCGGAGCGUGUGCGGAGGAUGCUGGGCCAGGGCGCCGGCGAGGACGCGCGGAGGCUCACGCACGUGUCCGCGGACGACCUGCAGGACGGCUUCGUGCUGGACCAGGACGACAGGCGCCCGCUGACCUACAGGGACGGCAGGAUGGACGUCCAGCAGGAGCUCAGCGGGGAGGCCGGCGACGGCGUGCAGGCAGAGGAGGAGGAGGGGGAGGACUCGAGCGAGGAGGACGCAGAGGACAGCGGGGGCUCGGACGGCCACUCAGACCUGGAGUGCGAGGACGAGGAGGAGAGCGAGGAGGAGGAGGAGGAGGAGGAGGAGGAGAGCGAGCGGCCGCAGCAGGAGCAGCGGCGGCGGCAGACGCCCAGCGGCCGGGCGACAGGCGGGGGUCGGGACGCCCGGGAAGCCGCCAGGGCCGAGCUGCCCUACACGUUUGAAGCUCCCGAGUCCCCCGAGGACCUGAAGGCGUUGCUGGCGGGGAGGUCGGCGGAGCAGCAGCUGCUGGUGGUGGAGAGGAUUCAGAAAUGCCACCACCCCAGUCUCGCCGAGGGGAACAAGGCAAAACUAGAGAAGCUGUUCGGCUUCCUCUUGGAGCACGUGGGCGACUUGGCUGCGGACGACCCUCCGGACCUCGGCGUGGUGGAUAAGCUGGUUGUGCCGCUGUACCGUCUCUGCCAGAUGUUCCCCGGCGCUGCGAGCGAGUCCGUCCGGUUCGUGCUCCGGGACGCCAUGCACGAGAUGGAGGCGGCGGUCGAGGCGAAGGGCCGGGCCGCGUUUCCGGGGCUGGACGUGCUCGUGUAUCUGAAAAUUGCCGGGAUGCUGUUUCCCACCUCGGACUUCUGGCACCCCGUGGUGACGCCGGCCCUGGUGUGUAUGAGCCAGCUGCUCACGAAGUGCCCCGUCCUGUCUCUGCGCGACGCCGUGAAGGGCCUGUUCGUGUGCUGCACAUUCCUGGACUACGUGGCCCUGUCGCAGCGGUUCGUCCCCGAGCUGCUGAACUUCCUGCUCGGGAUCCUGUACGUGGCGACCCCAAACAAGCCAGGCCAGGGUUACACUCUGGUGCACCCUUUCAGACCUCUGGGGAGGAACUCGGAGCUGCUCGUGGUGUCCGACGACGAAGACACAGCCACGUGGCAGAGGAGGAGUCUGUCCCUCGGCUGGGCAGGCGGACAGACGGCCCAGACCGGGACGGAAGCCAACCACACCAGGCUGUCCUGCCUGGCCGUGUGUCUGGCUCUGGUGAAGCGCUGCGUGCUCCUGUACGGCACCCUGCCCGCCUUCCACGAGGUCGCGAGGCCGCUCAGGGCCCUCCUGACGCAGCACCUGGCCCACCCGCGUCACCCCCCGGAGCUGCAGGAGCUGUGUCGGAGCACGCUGGCCGACAUGGACGCCCAGGGGAGGCGCUACCGGCCCCUGGUCUGUGAGAAGAGCAAGCCGGUGCCGCUGAAGCUGUUCACCCCGAGGCUGGUCAAAGUGCUGGAGUUUGGCAAGAAGCAGGGCAGCAGCAAGGAGGAGCAGGAGCGGAAGAGGCUGGUCCACAAGCACAGGCGGGAGUUCAAGGGCGCCGUGAGGGAGAUCCGCAAGGACAACCAGUUUCUGGCCCGGAUGCAGCUCUCGGAGAUCAUGGAGCGGGACGCAGAGAGAAAGCGCAGAGUGAAGCAGCUGUUCCACAGCCUGGCUGAGCAGGAGGGCGAAUGGAAGGCUCUGAAGAGGAAAAAGGUCAAAAAAUAAACUCAAGGGAAACGUGCA